GGAGAGGGAGGAGGUGAGGGGGGGGCGAGCGAGGUAGAGUCAGAGGUUUCAGGAGUUCGGACGAUGCAACACUCUGAGAAACUCUGACUGCAACAGUCGACAUGCUGCAGCCUCCGAUCCACGGUUUUCUGUCCGUCACCGUCGUCUUCCUCGUCUUCCUCUUCUUCCUCUUCGUCUCUCCUCUGCCAGCUGACGGACAGACGGUCACCGGGGGAGGAGGAGGGGGUGGCGGGGGAGGGGUGGAGAGGAUCCAGGUGAUGUUCACGCCCACGAUCUGCAAGGUGCGCUGCGACCAGGACCGAUGUGUCAACUACUGCGAGAGAGGCAACGUGACCACGCUGUACAGCAGCAACCGUGAGGGAGGAAGAGGAGGAGGAAGGAGAGAAGACUCCCACGGACCGGGCUUCAGAGUCUUCCUCUGUCCUCUGCUCUGUAAGAACGGAGGCAUCUGUCUGCAGAAGGAUCGAUGUCUCUGCUCACCGAACUUCACCGGGAAGUUCUGCCAGAUCCCCGUCACCUCCCCUGAGGCCGCGGCCCCCGCCGCCGCAGCGUCACCGUCCUCCACCAAUGAGAUAUUCAAGCCCGGACUCGUCUCCGCGGCCAAUCAGGAUGAGCUGACCCGGUCGGAGUUCCUCCUGCCGCUGGGACAGAACCAGGAAGCGGCGAGGUCCGGAGCUCCAGGUCCGUCCAUGGUGAAGGUCAGAGUUCAACACCCACCCGAGGCCAGCGUGAAGAUCCACCAGGUGCUGAAGGUGUCUGGAUUCAGCCCCACCCUGCGGACGCACCCCUCCUCGUCCUCGGGGUCAGCGGGGGCUCCCGCCCCGCCAGGCGGGGGCGUCCUGGCUCAGACGGUGAGGGGGGACGGCACAUACACCGAGCACUCCGGGUUCAAGUACUGCUUCAGGGAGGUCAAAGACGGACAGUGCAGCUCUCCUCUGCCUGGACUGAGGAGCAGGGACAUGUGCUGCCGAGGGAUCGGGAAGGGCUGGGGAAUCAGCGACUGUGUCCUCUGUCCUGGAAAUACAGGUCAAAGCAACAGCAGCUGUCCCUCUGGUUUUGAGCGAGCCAACGGAACGCAGUGUGUCGACAUGAAUGAGUGCCUCCAGCCGGGGCUGUGUGAGAACGGGAUCUGUGUGAACACCAGGGGGAGCUAUAGCUGUGUGUGUAGGGCGGGGUUCAUCCUCGACGCCACACACGGAAUCUGCAUCUCCCAGAGUGUGAUCUCAGAGGAGAAGGGUCAGUGUCACCGGGUCCUGGGCUCCGGUCGGGGUCCGUCCUCCUGCUCCCUGCCCAUCCUCAGGAACAUCACCAAACAGAUCUGCUGCUGCAGCCGAGUCGGCAAAGCCUGGGGCCCCGACUGCCAGAGGUGUCCGUACUUCGGUUCAGUGGCCUUUAAGGAGAUCUGUCCGGCUGGUCCCGGGUAUCACUACUCCGCUUCGACGCUGCAGUUCAACCAGAGGGUCAAGGAACGGCUGGGGGGCCGAGGGGCCCCGCUGGUAACCCACGGCAACCAGGACAACCAGGGUGCUGAUUCUGGAUCCAGUACCAUCGCAGCCUCCAGGCCUCAGCAGAAACCCUCGUCCUCUGGACCGGCCGCAGGCGGAGCCAGUACUUCGCUGAGCUCUGCCUCCUCAGCUGGUUCCAGCGGGGCCCAGACCAGACCCGGUCCACCUCCGUCUCAACCCCGGCACCCGUCUCAGCCUCAGACCCGCCCGGCCACCGGCUCGCCCUCCACCAGGACGCCACAGUCCGCCGCCACCAGCACCACGACCGUCCAGGACAAACCCCAGACUCCCGGCAGACCUGGGACCCAGCAGAGCAGGACGGAGUCUGCCCCGUCGCUUACUACACAACCGAGACCACAGCCCCCGUCCACCGGGAGUCAAGCGGGCGGCCGUCCCAUCUCGGUGGCCCGACCGGACCAGGCGCCGGCGAGAGGGGACUCCCUGCCUGCGCCGGCCCAGCCACAGAGCCCUGAGGGCGGGUCGAGACCCAGCGAGGUGCUGCCCCCUCCGCAGGACAGACCGACGACCCGACCCGCCAGGGUCCAGACAGUGCGAGGUGUGUGUGAGAGCAGGCCAGGUGUGUGUGGGCGUGGCCUCUGUGUGGAUCAGCCAGGUGGGAAACACACGUGUGUGUGUGAUCAGGGAUACCAGCCCAACUCUCAGCGCACACACUGCCAAGAUGUGAAUGAGUGUGUGCAGUCUCCAGGUGUGUGUUCAGUGGGGGAGUGUGUGAACACCGUAGGAAGCUUCAGGUGUGUGUGUCCGUCUGGAUACAGGAGCAGCAGCAGCCAGCAGACCGGUUGUCAAGACGUGGACGAGUGUCAGCUGAACCCCUGCAGGAGCGGUCGCUGUGACAACACGCCGGGCAGCUACCGGUGUGUCUGUCGCCUCGGUUACAGGCUCAUCGGCAACACCUGCACAGACGUGGAUGAGUGUGACGACCCCCUGCAGUGUCCAGGUCAGGAGUGCAUCAACAGUCAGGGUUCGUACCGCUGUGCGUCCUGUCAGCCUGGAUACGACCUUGUCAACCGGCUGUGCACAGACGUCGACGAGUGUCGCCAGACGACCUGCUCCAACGGUCGCUGUGAGAACACACCUGGGAGCUACCGCUGCGUCUGUCGCCACGGUUACAAGCUGCACAACAACACGUGCACAGACAUAGACGAGUGUGUGGAGCCGUCUCAGUGUCCUGGUCAGAUGUGUGUGAACUCGGUGGGAUCGUACCGCUGUGUGUCGUGUCGACCGGGAUACACACUGACCAACAGACAGUGUGCAGAUGUGAACGAGUGUGAGGACAGUGAGUCGUGUCCUGGUCAGGUGUGUGUGAACACUGAAGGAUCCUACAGCUGCGUGGACUGUGAGCCGGGAUACCACAGUGUGAAGGGAGUGUGUACAGAUGUGGACGAGUGUGUGCAGGUCUCUCAGUGUCCCGGUCAGCAGUGUGUGAACACUGUGGGAUCGUACCACUGUGUUUCCUGUCAGCCUGGAUACAGCAACAAAGAUGGCACCUGCCAAGACGCAGACGAGUGUGCGAGCGCUGGGGCGUGCGAGGCCGAGCAAGUGUGCGUCAACACCGUCGGCUCGUUCAGGUGCGACUGUCUGCCUGGGUAUCGAACCUCCGGCCUGGGGAGGCAGUGCAGAGACAUUAACGAGUGUCUGGAGGGGGAUUUCUGUUUCUCGGGCGGCGAGUGUACGAACACGCCCGGCUCCUACACGUGUGUGUGUUCUCAGGGGUUCACACUGAGCGACAACGGGACGUCCUGCCUCGAUGUGGACGAGUGUGUGAAGUCGGGAGUGUGUGUGGACGGUCUCUGUGUGAACACUGGAGGUUCCUUCCACUGCCAGUGUGAAACCGGCUUCACCACCAACCCUGAGAGGACGGCAUGCCUCGAUGUGGACGAGUGCGUCUCGUCCGGCGGCUCGGUCUGCGGCUCGCGUCGGUGUGAAAACACCAUCGGUUCGUACCGCUGCCUCACUUCCUGCGAGCCGGGCUACCAGGUGUACCAGGGCCGCUGCGUGGACGUCAACGAAUGUGCCAAUCAGACGGUGUGCGGGGAUCACGCCUCCUGUCAGAACCUGAUCGGAACAUACGUGUGCGUGUGCGACCAGGGCUUCACGUCCGCCGCCGACGGAAAGUCCUGCGUCGACGAGGAUGAGUGUGUGUCUCUGCCGGGUGUGUGUGGUUCUGCUCGCUGUGACAACGUGGAGGGUUCCUUCAUGUGUGAAUGUGACCACGGAGAGUUUGACACUGCUAGCGGGAAGUGUGUCAGCACCAUACAGCCAGCAGAGCUGAGCCCCAGCUUCCCCUCGCCUCCCUCUUCCUCCUCCUCUUCCUCCUCCUUCCACGUCAGCGUGGUGGAGUUGGAUCCGGCGAUGCGGCCGCUCCCCGCCGCCCGUCCCGGCGAGCUGAGGGAGUGCUACUACAACGUGGCGGAGCGAGGAGCCUGCAGCCUGCUGGCCACCAACAGCAGCCAGCAGGAGUGCUGCUGCACGGUGGGCGAGGGCUGGGGCCUGGGCUGCCAGCACCACCCCUGCCCCCCCACGGACUCGGCCGAGUUUCUGUCUCUGUGUCCAAGUGGGAGAGGAUACGUCACGACAGGAGCAGGAGCCUUCAGCUACAGAGAUGUGGACGAGUGUAAGCGUUUCCACCCGGAGGUGUGUAAGAACGGAGUGUGUGUCAACAACAUCCCCGGAUACAACUGCUACUGCUCCAGUGGAUACGUGUACAACAGCACGCUGCUGGAGUGUGUCGAUCACAACGAGUGUGAGGAGGAGAGCUGUGUGGGCGGAGUCUGUGUGAACACAGUGGGAUCAUAUUACUGUAGCUGUUCACCUCCGCUGCUGCUCGACGACACACAGAGGAACUGUGUUAACUCCUCCCACCUCACCGUGGAUGAGAACCUGUCCGUGUGCUGGCAGCAGGUCUCUGCGGACCUCAUGUGUCAGAGCCCCCUGCUGGGAGCUCAGCUCACCUUCACCGACUGCUGCUGCCUGUACGGGGAGGGAUGGGGGAUGGAGUGUGCCCUCUGUCCCUCCACCACCACCGACGACUACGCCUUCCUCUGCAGCUCCUUCCAUCCGCCGCUGUUUCCAGGUUUUCCAGAUUCCAGCGGAACAGAAACGAGACGAGGAGGAGGAGGAGGAGGAAGAGGAGGAGGAGGAGGAGGAGGAGGAGCGAGCGCUCCUCCUCGUUUCCCUCCCUACAGUCCCGACUCCUUCCCUCCAGCUGUGGUUCCCGGCAGAGACUUCAGUCGUCCUGACUACGACGACUACUCUCCAGCAGGGGGCGGCAGGUCGAGCUUCAGAGGGAGGACGCCGACCUCCUUCAAUCUGCCGGACGCAGCCUAUGGCCGGCCUGAGUACAGCACCGGCUUCUACUCUGAAGGAGACUACGCCUCCCCGGACGGGCCCCCGCCCAGGCCGCCUUCCUUCCGCCUCCCACCGGACCCCCGGGCCGAGAUGGCGUUCGGGGCGCGGCCUCCUCCCCCGUCCCAGCCCGACGGUCCUUCCCUCAGCCUGGCCCCGCUGCCUGGCGCUCCCUACGAGGAGCAGGAGCAGGAGGAGGAGGAGGAGGCGUGGAGGCCGGGCCCGCCCUUCCCUCCCUUCUCUGAGCGGAGCAGAGGAGGAGGAGCAGCACCGAGGAGGGUGUACGAGAGACGUUACGAGUCAUAUGCCGGCCUGAGCGCAGCAGAGGAUUGUGGGAUACUGCAUGGCUGUGAGAACGGCAGGUGCAUCCGCGUCGCCGAGGGUUACACCUGUGACUGUUACCAGGGAUACGAGCUGGAUAUGACCUCCAUGACCUGUAUAGACGUGAACGAGUGUGACGACGGCGUCGGCCUGGAGUUCCCGUGUGUGAACGCUCGCUGUGUGAACACCGAGGGCUCGUUCCGCUGCGUCUGCAGGAGAGGCUACGUCAUGUCCCGCAGACCCAACCACUGCGUGGCGGCGUAGGUCCCGUCGGACCGGACCGGACCUGCUCUGAACCACCGGACUGAACUGGUUUGGCCUUUUACAGACCAGAUUUGACCGACUAGACUUGACCAGGAUAAAAGUUCUGGACUAACAGAGACUCGAUUGCACUGAACUGGACUUUGAACACGAUCCUGGAUGUUCUCAUCUAGAAAACAACCUGUCGUCGUACGGAUCUCGUCAAAGUGACACAAGAAUAGCUAUGAACAUUUUAUCGUUGAAUAAUCUCAAAUGAUGCUGAAAAAUAAAUAAUUUGCUCGUUGUGGCCAGAGUUUCAGAAAUAUAAAUCUCCCGUUCGUCCAUUUCACUGAUCGGUUAUAUUUCUGUCACUGUUUGUAGCCUGUUAGCCUGUUAGCUUGUUAGCCCACCGGCUGACGUCCCCUAAUGAAAACACAUGUAAAUCAAAUCAUCUGUCGUCACAGAAUCAGUCGGCAGACGUGUCUGACAGUUUUCAAGAAUUGUUCUCUGUGAACUCAGUGAACUUGUUAUUCGUGGCCCCGCCCUCCUUCGUCCAGAUCCACUCGUUCAGCGUCUCGCUCGGUCCGAACCAGUCUUCAGCCCUCGCACAGACCAGACCGGGUCGCGGUCAAAGGUCACGCGUCUCUGAAGAACAAACGGUCGAGUCUGAUUAUCAUUCAUGUUGUUUAAGGAAAAACCCACCAGAGAAUCACUGAGCUCAAAUCGGUUCAGAAACAACCACUUGUUGAAGCGGAGGGACAGGAAGCGGAGGGACAGGAAGCGGAGGACAGAAGCGAUGGGACAGAAGUGGAGGGACAGAAGCGGAGGGACAGAAGCGGAGGGACAGGAAGCGGAGGGACAGGAAGCGGAGGGACAGAAGUGGAGGGACAGAAGCGGAGGGACAGAAGCGGAGGGACAGGAAGCGGAGGGACAGGAAGCGGAGGGACAGGAAGCGGAGGACAGAAGCGAUGGGACAGAAGCGGAGGGACAGAAGCGGAGGGACAGAAGCGGAGGGACAGAAGCGGAGGGACAGGAAGCGGAGGACAGAAGCGAUGGGACAGGAAGCGGAGGGACAGGAAGCGGAGGGACAGAAGUGGAGGGACAGAAGCGGAGGGACAGGAAGCGGAGGGACAGAAGUGGAGGGACAGAAGCGGAGGGACAGAAGCGGAGGGACAGAAGCGGAGGGACAGAAGCGGAGGGACAGGAAGCGGAGGGACAGAAGUGGAGGGACAGAAGCGGAGGGACAGGAAGCGGAGGGACAGAAGUGGAGGGACAGAAGCGGAGGGACAGGAAGCGGAGGACAGAAGCGAUGGGACAGGAAGCGGAGGGACAGGAAGCGGAGGACAGAAGUGGAGGGACAGAAGUGGAGGGACAGAAGCGGAGGACAGAAGCGAUGGGACAGAAGCGGAGGGACAGAAGCGGAGGGACAGAAGUGGAGGGACAGAAGCGGAGGGACAGGAAGCGGAGGGACAGGCGCUAGCGCCGCCUGCAGGACGACGACUGACGGUUGUCGUCAUCAUCGACGAAUCUGCUGAUCAGCGUCGGGGUUCGUCGAUGAACUGAUUUGAUUCAUAAAAUGUCAAGAAACGCUUCGUUGCUGUUCCCAGAAGCCAAAUAUCGUGUCGCACAUUCUACAGGUUUUCGCACGUUUCUCACAUCGUCUCAUUUCAAAACACGUUAAAGCCUAAAGAGUAAAAAGAGCUCAAAUCCGUGUCGGGAGUGUUUAAUCGUUUCAGCGUGAAUCAUCUUAUAGAUCUGCUGCCGGAGGGAGCUCAGGUGUGUAAACUGUAACUGUAUUGAUUUGUUUUUCUUUGUGAUCAUUAUAUCUACAACAUAAAAUACACACAUAUAUAAAUAUACACACACACGAUAUAAAACACCAGUGUGUUCUAUGAAACUAAGAUUUGAACUGUGUUUUCUACAAACAUAAAAAAAGAAAAUAUUGUCUCACGUUAUUAAUGAAUGAUUUACAGUUUAUGAAGUUCAUUUUUUUUUUACGCAGCUUAAGACAGAGGCUGCGUCCAGUCUGUAUAUAGUGAUUGACGGUCAAAGUUAACGACCUGUAGCUUGUGUGUUUCUUGUGUUUUAUUAAUGUUGUGUCAUAGUGGAGCGGAUGUUUAACGUCCACUGUACCUGCCGCGGCUCCGCCCCCUUCGCCUCCACACAGGAGCCGUGUGACGCGCCUCAUCGUUCGUCUCUGGUCCUUUUCAAACUGCUUAUUUGUAUGAUUCACUUUUGUAUUGUUGUUGUUUGUAUGACAAGAAAUGAAAAUAUAUUUGCACACACUUUCAGUCAAA